CUCAGCAAACAGCAGCAGGCAUCUGCCAAGAGCGCAGUCGUCUGUCAUGUUCCGCAAUCAGUACGACAACGAUGCGACCACAUUCUCCCCGCAAGGUCGCCUGCAUCAGGUAGAGUAUGCGCUCGAGGCCAUCAAACAAGGUUCCUGUGCGGUUGGCUUGCGCUCCGAUACGCAUGCAGCACUAGUCACACUCAAACGCAAUGCAGAAGACCUUGGAUCCUACCAAAAGAAAAUCAUCCGCAUUGACAAUCACCUUGGCAUUGCCCUGGCUGGUUUGGCUCCUGAUGCGCGUGUCUUGAGCAAUUACAUGCGACAGCAGGCCAUGUCUUCCAAGAUGAUUUACAACAGACCUUUACCCAUCCAGCGCAUUAGCGAUAGCCUGGCAGACAAGGCACAGCGCAACACGCAGCACUACGGCAAACGUCCAUACGGCGUCGGUCUCCUGAUUGCUGGCUAUGAUGAGCAAGGUCCGCAUCUCUUUGAAUUUGUGAGCAGUGGGACUGUGCUGGCUUACCGUGCAACAGCCAUUGGCGCACGCUCGCAGUCGGCGCGGACAUACCUUGAACGCAACGUGGAUGCGCUUGCUUCUUCCUCGAAGGAGGAGCUCAUCCUGCAUGGCUUAAGGGCACUACGAGAUUCGCUGGCUCAGGACAAAGAACUCACCACGGCGAAUACGAGUAUCGCACUGGUGGGUGAGGAUCAGGUAUUCACGGUGAUGGAAGGGGAAGAAUUGGUUCCUUGGUUGGAGAAGCUCGGUGAUGUGAGUAUGACGGCUGUCAGGCAACGCGAAGCUGCUAUCCGUAACGCGCCGGCGAGUACCGCUGCAGGUGCUGGCGAGGCAGAGAUGACGGAAACAACCCCUGUUGCAGGAGCUGAUUCUACGCAAGGUGCAGCGGCAGAGGGACAAGGCGAGGCGAUGGAAGAAUAAGCUUGAGCUCUAUGCUCAUUGUCACUUAGCUAUCUAGCAAAGAUGAGGAGGCCUAAAAUGCCUGGAAGCCUCCCGUCAAGUAGCCGAUAUUCUCAAAGCCCUCGAC